ACCGUUCAAUCCAUCCGACCAUGAUGUUUGCGACUCAAGUGUUUGUUUUCCUGGUGGUUUCUGGUCUUUUUGUGAGGAUCAGAGGCCAGACGACUGAGCAGGCGGACAUGCGCAGUCGGUUCACCCGAGACGGCCGCUGUUCCUACACGUUCGUCCUGCCUCCGUCUCACGACAGGACGUGCGGCUCAGGACACGAUCUGCGCACGCGCGAGGAGCUGCAACAGGUGUCCGAGACGGUGGAGCAACAACAGGGCGCCGUCCGACACAUGCAGGGGGAACUGGAGCGGCUGGCGCGACAGGCUGAUGAUGUGGAGGGCAGGGUCAUGUUACUGGAGGGGAAACCCUCCAGUCUCCUGUGGGAGGAGGUGCUGAGGUUACAGAAGCAGAACCAGGCGCUGGCGGGACAGGUGUUAGACCAGCAGGGUGUACAGGAGAUGGUCCAGCAGCUGCGCAGACAGAACGAGUUCCUACAGAGCACGCACCACGUCAUGGAGCAGCGCGUCCUGGCGCUGGAGAGCCGGCCCAGCAACAUGCUCUGGGACGAGGUCAAGCGGCUUCAGCAGCAGAACCAGGCUAUUCUACAGGAGAUGGAGGAUCUGAGGGAGGGGAAGAGCAGGAAACCCUCCAAACACGGCCGUGACCGGAGCCCGACUACACCGCGCAUCAUAGGACCCAGAGACGUACAGGACCAAGACGCCGACAGUGAGGACGGUGUGGUGGACGCCACGCCGCAGAGCAGAGAAAAGCGCCUGUUGACACUGGAGGGGAUGUCGGCCAGCGAGCUGCGGGAGGAAGUUCAACAACUGUACGGACAACUCCGCGACCAGGACGAGAUUCUGGACGAGGUGGAAAGACUUACACUGCAGAACUCGGAGUUGGAACGAUCGCAACAGUUUUUACAACGGAGGCUGUCGGGAGUUCUCGGGGAAUCAGAAGCUUCAUCGCCGCAUGGCAGGGACUUGCCAGGGUGGAACACGUCAUCAGAAGGCUGUCAGUCUUGCGGUGAUGCUCUGCCAGCAAGUUGUUCAGAAGUUUCCGAGACUUUGGGGGAAAGUUUUAGAUCGGGAGACAUUUACGCCAUAGACCCUGACGGGCCGGGACAGGGGGUGCCGCCGACUCCCGUGCAGUGUGAGCGCGUCGGCGAUGCAGUGGCGUCGUCAUUCGGGCAUGACACCGAAACACGCACGGCUGUGGAGGGUUACCGGGACCCCGGCUCGUACUCACGCAAUGUCACCUACUGGACGUCCCUGGAGCAGAUCAGGGCUGUCAUCAGGAGGUCCAAGAGAUGCAUGCAGUUCAUCAAGUAUGAAUGCCUGAGUUCAGUCCUGCACAGAGACAGUACCAGCUUCGCAUGGUGGGUGUCAGCAGACGGGCGGAGGAAGGACUACUGGGGAGGAGGAAAGCCUGGGACCAGCAACUGUGCGUGUGGACAAACAGGCACCUGUGGCGGAGGACGAGCCUGUAAGUGUGACCUUGGGUUGGCCAGCUGGCAGGAGGACUCGGGCUGGUUGAUGCACAAGAGACACCUGCCUGUCACACAGCUGAGGUUUGGGGACACGGGCACUCCUGGUCAACAGGGCUACCACACACUGGGCAGGCUCAUCUGCUUCUGAAGGACUGUGUGCAAACAUCUUGAAACACACUUGAAGACUCUUUAAGGAGGUUAUGUUUACAGCUCCUUGGGAGGAGCUUUCAAGAAGCAGGACUGUCCUGUUGGGAAUCUCAUCUCCUUUUGAAGGAUUGCCUUCUUAAAGUGGAAGACUCUUUAAGUAGGAGCCUGCGAACAGCAGAUAGGACUUCUGGUUGGGAAUCUCAUCUGCCUCUGAAGAUCCUGGAUUUUUUUCCACUGGCUUCUUAUCUUACACUCAGCAACGACUUGUUGAACACAGGGCUUGCCAAGGUCUUCUCUGCAAGUUCUCAGAACUUUACAAACAUCUUAAAGACACUGCAAUGACAAGAGGUCUCAAAAGCAGGACUCUUCUGAACAUGGGUGGCUGAAA